UUAUCGGCCACCUAGACAUACACCGUCAUCCUCGUCCGGGAACAAUGUCAGCCUUUCUUCUAUAGCCGUGAAUUCGGUGAAAUUUAAUAAAGCUUCUUUCCAAUUCAAUUCUGCUCUUCAAAGGAUAUAAAUGUGUGAGGAAAAUUCGAGCAAAUCCAGUUUCACCAUCAUCCGUUCGUAGCGUUGUAUAAGGACGACGGCAAGAAUUGUGCAAGUUGGUUUCCUUUCGUUGACAUUUACACCAUGUGCUAAAAGUAGGAAAUCUAAAAUUCGCAACAUUAGUUUACUUUCAACUUUGCCAUUUUAUCGAGCAGUCGAUACUCCUCUUCUGGCUGUCUAGAUAACUGCGUGCCUCGUGGAGUCUCCCCUCCUUCCGUCUCUGCUAAUUAAUUAAAUUGAGAGUUGCGAAUGAGCGAUGGGGAGAAAGUCGUCCAGGCUGAGUGAGAACUCACCAGCACAAUUAAGUCCAGGUUCUGCGAGCAGCUUAUUACGGAAAACAAGGCGCAAAAAUGAGGUCUCAUCCCUCGCGAAUUAUUCGCACCAACAUGGCGCUCCGAGUUCUGCUGGGGAUGAGGAAACAACCUCGGUUGCACAAGUUUCAGCAGAGAACAGAACAACGAAGAAGAAGGGUGACAGGCUGCGAGGAAGAGGGAGAAAUAAUGAAACCAUGCUGCAUUUCGCCAUCGGAUUGGUUCUCGGUCUUGCUUACUUUCUCUUCAUUUCGAAACAUUUCCAAACCCUGACCAACUUUUCCAUGCUGACCAACCUGGAGAAGGAGCUGUCCCUUCCCACUGACACGGCAUUCCGAUAUUCCUUCUUUAAACGGAUCGGAGGAGGAGGAGAGGACACCAAGGCGACCCUCUUGGCUGGGCUGAGGUCCGUCAUCUACGACACGCGCAGCAAUUCCCCACAGGUCACCAACAGUGUCCGCCAGCACGGCCUCGUCGCAGACGCUCUUCUUGCGACAACUUUCCACGUCGUAAGGAAGAUGUGGAGCCCCCGCUGUUGGGAUGGCGCCUCAUCGUCGGUGAAGUGGUCGGAGCAAAUCUGUUCCGGAUUUGGAGACCCUCUCACCUUCUACCUGACCGCCCAUUGGGCUCUCGACUCCCUCAGCGUGACCCUCGUCGUGGUGGCUGCUGGGAAAAUGAGUGGGUCAAGGGUUGGAGGACUCCUAUCCGGACUCACCUUUGUCUUGAGUCACCCCCAAUUCGGCGACUGGACCAGGAUGUUCCCCAAUGGAGACAGGAUCGGCUUGUUUCUUGCUUCCGUCCACGUUUUCAUGAUCUCUCAACUUGUGAUAAGACCCCUUCACGCCUCCUGGACAACGGUUGUCAAGUUGGGUGUGGUGACGGGAUUGAUGGCAAUUUUCUGGCCGAUGGAAGUGCAGUGGGUUCUCAUCUCAGAACUCGGAGUAGUUUUGGCACUCCAUUUCUCAAACGUCGUUUCUCCAUACGUCGUCUCGGUCGUGGUGGGUGCGCACGUUGUCGGUUGGGAAUACGCAUCUCUUGUGGUUCUGGACCCGACCCUGAGAUGUUGGACCUUUUACGUCUACCUGCUCUUGGGCACUCUGGGCGUCACGUUUGGUCUCAGACUCGUCGUGGAUAAGCUUUUUGGGGCCAAGUUGGACAAGUGGCUGUUCCUCCGAGGUAUCAUCCUCACUGUUGGUCUCUACGUCCUCCUCGUGGAAACCAGGCAUGGCGUGUGGACAGUGUUGGGCAAUGUUAAGGAAGAUAUUCGCAUGUCGCGUCAUCUUCGACAAUAUCCAAUAAACCUGUCAGAAGGUGUCGACACAGCCAGAACUUUCCCUCCUGGCGCGUUUGCCACCACAAUUAGUUCGGACGAGAGCGGUGCUGAAGAGAGCAACUCGCUAGAAAUAAUGGAUUCAUGGGAGGAGGACCGAAAUGUGUCUCAGAUUUCCCUCCACGACCGAGGUCAGCAUUCCCCUCACUCCCAUCUCACCGAAGGAGGACACAACCCCACGACUGAAAUGGGACACUCGCAGGGUGAUGAUGAACUUUUGUCUAUCGGAAGAUCCGAACAGGGUGGCUGGAGGCCCACCAAAGCAGAAGUGGUCACUGCCACCGCGCUCAAACAAGCAGUGGACGCAGACUCCGUGGAAGUGGGAAGCAGUGGAGUGAGGAAUGUGAGUGACACCGGACAGGCUGAUCUUCAUAUGAACGAGCUGACAGAUUACCUCACCCAUUGCCUCGUUUCGGCAAUGACGACGUCCCCCGUGGGCAGACUGCACCAAGUUUUGCUCGACCACAUCGCCCCCUUAAGCCUCGCCCUCGGAGCCAUCACCUCCUUUCACCGGGAGAUUGGAAAGCUGGUUGCGAUCAAAGGAUGCAACGGGAGCAGCAGCCGAGAAGCCAGGCUGUGCAGGAGUGCCCACUUUGACGUGGUCAUUUCCAUCGCAUGCCUUGCCCUGUCAGUCCUCGUCCACGACAAAUUCGCAGUUCUGUUCUUCGUCCAACUUUCCCUCAUCGCGUCAUACCUCCUUUUCCGACUGGACAUUCCACGCCAAGGGGGACAUGGUCGUGGCGGCGACCGCGACGAAAACAGGGAGGUCGGCUGUGAUUACUGGAAGUGGGGAAAUAACGUCACUCUGCGUCGUCUGAUGCAUUCUGCCCGCAGCAGGACCACCAUCGUCACAGCCGUCGUGUUUGCAAUGGUGAUAGCUGCAGCCAAGCGGAAAAUGGACUUUAUCUACGAAUCUCCACACCAGUUUCUCAACCAAGGUGAUGCUGCUGGUGGGAAAGAGGAGCUGGUUUCGGCCAUCAAAUGGAUCCGUGACCAGACGCCGCUCAAUAAUGUCACCUUUUUGGGCCCGUCGCCCCUCUUAACGACCGUGUACGGCAGUGGGGACAGGCCUGUCGUCAAUCUGGAGGAUGUCAAUAAUCUCUCCCACGGGAAACCCCCACCGUCCGCGGCAGUGCUCUCGUUACUCUUCAACUCAAAACUUUCACUCGGUCAGUUAUGCCAGAUUUUGAAUGAUGACAGAACCACGACCGCAUCCACCUAUCUUUUCUUGAGCCGAGAUUUCUGUUUAAAUCCGGCUUAUCCUCACUCUCGCUCUCUUGUGAGGAUGCCGCCUCUCCAUUCUUCCCCUUCCUCUGAUGGGAUGAGCGGAGACGACAUCAAAGGCGAACCGACGAUCACUUUGCGGCAGAAGGAGAAAGCGGAUGAAAUACUCGGAAUGAAAAUGCGCUCCAAACUUCAUCGGCAGAAAGAGUUGAGAAACGGAGUGGUCUCGGAUAUAUCCACGUCAGAUUUUGAGCCGAUUGACAACCCAUCGUGCAAUCUAAUUAGAUUUUGGGACGACAAAAUCAGCAAUAGUUGGAAUGAAGGACGUCACAAGACGACUGAAUCGAGCCCUGCAGGACAAGGACGCGUCCCUUGCAUGCGACUUUUCUCCAGCGACACGGAACUUGAAAUCAAACCAUUUCGACGAGUAUUCCAUAACAGAUUGUACUCCGUGCUUACUUGUGCUCGAGAAUGAAUUUGUAAAAUAAAACGGCCUUUAUUUUGUCAAACGAA